AGCAUUUUAAAACACACCUUUUCACAUUUUGACACUAGAAAAAUAACUAGAAAAGUAGAAACUUACCUAAUUGAAAGUUAAGUUGAAAAUGAACAGAAUUUGAUUUAUUGUUUGGACUGAUUUUUUUUUUUUUUUUUGAUAUCACCACAAGAUGGUGCUACGUUUUAUAGAGCAAAGAAGGGCAGAAGUGACAGAUGUGGGCUUGAGUGAUGGUGAACUGUUGGCUCUAUAGAAAGCCUGUUUUCAACCUGUAUGUCCAGUUUCUCCAUAAAAAACAAGUUUUAGUGUUUUUCAGCCAGAGCCCUGUGAUGUAAUACAGUCUACUCCCAGGGGAUACUUGAUCUGCGGCAUAUACUGUAGCACUCACUACUUCCUGCUUUGUAUUGAAAGGGUGUCUUGUGCUAACUUGCCUCCACCCCAUUCUGACAGUUUUUUUUUUUUUUUUUUAUGAAACUACUCUUCAGCUGCCACCAUUCUGUGCUGUGUUUUUGCAUUUGCAGUUUAAACUCUUUGUAGAAGAUUACAUGUGCUGACUGUUGACGAUAUAAAGACUUCAACACAGGAGCCUCAUCAAACAAUGCAAGUCCACUCAGAUUACUCCCAGGAGCUCUGUUCCAUUUUUGUCAAUGGUUUUGAUGGCAGUGAUAAGGGAUCCACAUGGCAUGUAUGAGAAUUUAGCCACAGAACAAAUCACUGCAGUGUUCAAAUUAAGCAGCACAAGCCAGGAGAUGACCUGAUAAGGCAGAGAAAUGUGAGCUAUUGAUGAUGGAGUGAGUAAAGACCAGUCAGAGCAGCCUUAAUCCUCGUUGUUAUCUAUCUUCUCCUUUUGUGUCACCAACUUGGACAUUUACUCCUCCCACAUGUCAUCUAACAGUAGAAUUACUGUGCACCAGUUGGAAUGUGCAUGUCUGUCAGUCCUACUGAGAACAAUUGAGGAAGUUUGACAAAUGAAAGACCAGGAAAACUGAAACCGCUACAUGAUACGUGUGCAUUUUCUUAAAAACCACAUAAAGAUGAUAUUAAAGUGACUUUUGCUGUCUCCCUCUGUCACUGCAGCAAAUAAAAUUCCGCUGAAUGAGGCCUAUUCGGGUCAAAUGAAAGUAUGUGAAAAAUAUUUGGUAAUAAGUCAGAAUGGGUUACUUAAUUUACUCUUAUGUUAUGAAAGUUUUUGAGCAGGGGUGGAGAGACAAAAGCAGAGCAGUUCAGCCAUCACACAGUGACUCCUCCUCCAGCAGGCAAAGACCUCCCUCCUGUUUUAGUUCACUCCCAUCACUCUUAGGUUAGAUCACCGUCAGAAAGCUCCACAGUUCACUACAGAAAGCCAUAGGUUGCUUUCAGAGCACAACACAGGUGUGACUGCAUCUGAGUGAGGACACUUUCUCUGCCUGUUAAUCAUCAGCCUGGCACAGAGUCACUAAUUCCAGUCUUUUAUCACAGACAUUUGACUGACGUUGGGCUCUCUGUCAUUAUCUGCUUGCGCAUCUAUGGCUGUUUCAUUUUAGAAGCUCUUUUGGACCUUCUGAAUUAGAACUUGAUCAGUUACAGUUUAAGUGUGCGUCUACAAGCAACCUCAAAAUGAAUUUUGAUGAAAUUCUCUCUAUUAUUGGAGGCUUUGGGAAGUUCCAGAAGAUCUUGUAUGUGUGGAUCUGUAUACCUCAGAUCUUCCUGGCGUUCCACAUGCUGGUGUCGGUGUUCACCGGGGCUGUUCCUCCUCAUUUAUGCCGCUCCACAUGGCCCUCAGCGGGCACUCCAGCCUCUUCAAACUUCAGCCGUCUGUCUACCCCCGAUGUCUGGCCUACGCUAUCCUGCAGAGUCCCUUUGAACCACAGCAAUGCAGCAACUCUUGGCGAAGGACACUCUACCGUGAGCUGCCAGGGGGGCUGGGAGUAUAGCACAGAAACAUUCCAAAACACCAUAGUAACUGAGUGGGACCUGGUUUGUGACAAUGCCAGCCUGAACUACAUGGGCUCUUCCAUCUACAUGUUUGGCCUCCUUGUCGGUGCUGUUGUGUUUGGAAGCUUAGCUGAUAAAUAUGGUCGCAGGAUCAUCAUCCUCAUCAACCUGGCUAUCCAGGCCACCUUUGGGGUUGCUGCUGCUUUUGCCCCUAAUUUCUAUGUCUACGUUUCCCUGCGCUUCAUGGUUGGAACAUCUAUCUCUGGGGUUAUCAUGAAUGCGUUUGUGCUCGGCACAGAAUGGACGGGAUCAAAGGAGCGGAUGUUGGCUGGUAUAAUCACUGACUACUUCUUUGGCUUUGGCUACAUUUUUCUGGCUGGUGUGGCUUACCUCAUAAGAGACUGGCGUAAACUGCAGCUGGCGAUAUCAGCACCGGGCUUCCUCUUCAUCUUCUACAUCUGGGUGUUGCCAAAGUCAGCUCGCUGGCUAAUGGCCAACGACAGGACAGAAGAAGCUUGGGAACUAAUCCGGAAGGCAGCACAGAUGAACGGGAAGCCCCUCACUAAAGACCUUGAGAUGUGCCAGGUAGUUUAUAAAACUGAGGAGAAAACUGGGGUGAAGCAGAAACACUCCUUCUUCGACCUUGUUCGAACUCCAAAAAUGAGGAAGCAGUCUCUGAUUGUUUUCUACCUCUGGUUCGUCAAUGUCCUUGUGUACUACGGCCUGUCCCUCAAUAUCUCUGACUUUGGAAUGAACAUCUACCUGACCCAGAUGAUCUUUGGUCUGGUGGAGAUGCCUGCCCGCACCAUUACUCUCUUCACCCUCAACCGAUCCCGUAAGAUCUCCCAGCUGGCUUUCCUCGCUGUGGGCGGCACUGCCUGCCUGUUGACCAUCUUCAUCCCCAGUGAAUUGUCUAAUGUCAAAACUGUCCUGGCCAUGAUUGGGAAGUUUGGGAUCACAGCCUCUCUGUCCAUUAUUUACGUCUACUCAGCUGAGGUGUUCCCCACUGUUAUCAGACAAAAUGGGAUCGGGAUCGGCUCCAUGUGUGCUCGGACCGGGGGUGUCCUGGCUCCCAUGAUGUACCUUCUGAGGGGCAUUAGUCCUCACGCUCCCAUGGUUCUGUGUGGCCUCUGCCCACUGCUGGGCUCUGCUCUCACCCUGCUGCUGCCUGAGACGGCCAACAAGCCCCUGCCUGACACCAUUGAAGACGUUGAGGGAUCCAACCUCAGUGAGGAGGAUGGCGGUGUGAAGCCGGGCCUCAUCGACGCUUCCAACACUUGGAACACUGACAUCACCAGGAAGGACUAAACACAACCACAGAACCACAGCAAGCUGCUACAUCUCAUGAGGCAGUCAGUAUUUUUUUUAGGACUUUUCCAAAGACAAAAGUCUCUGCUUCCAGUGGAAGUAACAGUUAGACUUUGUUUUUAUGGGUCUUUUCAAGCUACCCACAUUCUGAAUACUUAAAUAGCAGUUUGUGUGUAAGUAUAUUUUUACUCUUGUCCAUAAUUUUUGUUUUACUCUGUUUGCUUUUAUACGCCAGCUUUGCUUUUGUUCCAGUGUGUUAUCCUCAGCUUAUGUUGUUUUGACAGUAGAACAAAGUAAGUGUUUUAUUAAGAAUGAAACAUACUCCACGUAUGAAACUGUUGUACGUUCUAAAAGUCUGUUCUUACCUUCAUGUCGAGGUAAAACAUGAGUUCUCAACAAGCCUGUGUUGAUAAAAAACUUGUGCUAUGACAGAUAUGCAAAAUGUAUAGAAAGAAAACGUAAAUUGAAAGACCCUCUUUCAGCAUUUGGAACACCCUUCUGCUGCAGUAACCUGCACUUGAAUCAUACAAGCAUGUUGGAUGCAAUGCCUGCAGUUACAUGAGUGUAAUCAUAAAGACAGUAUGUUUAUGGCCUUAAAGGUGCACGACUUUAUGAUUUUUCUUCACUUUUGGCACCAGAGCAAUAUUCUGGCCUCAUAAUACUUUAAUACAUAAUUUUGUAAAUGUGUUAGCAAACAGUUGCAUAUUUACACGGCAGACAUUCAAUUGGAAUUGCAUUGUCUGCCCAGUGAAUGUGCACUAUUCCAGCCAAUAAGACUUUUCCAUUCUCUAUAUUACUAAUGAGGAAAAUAUUUGCCUGUUUAGCAACUAAACAUCCCACUUUUGUUCCCAGCUAGUAGCUAACUGGUGGAAGAAACCAGAUCAAUAAGCCAAAAAAGGCUAGUAGGCUCUGCAGAGCUGAGGGAAACGGUGGAUUUGGGUGAAAAUUUGCCAUAUUUUUUCUCAACAAGGGACUUGUUUCAUAUUACAAAUAUAUAAUUAAUCCAUUGUUGCCAUAAAUAUAUUACUUACUGCAGCUUUAACCAAGACAGGCACCUCCGUCCACUUUACUUUAGUCUAGGUUCAGUGUAUUUGAGGUUUACAGAUUUCUCAAUGCCACCAUGCUCAAUGAAAUUUUAGACGGUAGCGUUCUUCCAGAUUUGUGUCCAUAAUUUGUUUUUGAUCCUUUCUUCAUUCAUCAUGACAUUUCUCCAUAAAGAAAUGCUUUUUUCCACUUUGUGGUGGCAGAGCUUGACCUGCACAGACUCCUGACCUCAAGCCGGACAUCAGCGUUUGUGUUUACUAUUGUUUUGGCUCAUCGGCGUAGUUGUAUACAUAUAUAGAUCUGUUACGUAUCAUUUAUGAACUUAAAUGCCGGUUCAUAUCCACCAAACGUUACUGAUACGGAGUACAUGUAGUGUCACAACUUUCCAACAAUAAGCAAGAAAAUGUAUUUUACAGUCAUCCGGUUAUUUUGGCGCUGUGAAUCUCUUUUUCCUGAUACUUAAGCGUCAACCUUGUUUCAAUCUAAGGUCCAUAUCUUCACAGAAUCAAUGUCAAGUUGUAGUAAAAGGUGAAGUGUACAGCGUGUUAAACUGCACUCAUUUUUACGUGAAUAACCAGCAGCAGAAACUGUCUUUAAGGAAACUCUGACACUCGCUGGUGUGCAGAGAGAUUCUCAGCUUUUCUGGCAGCUCCUCAACAGAUACUUGAAAUUCUGUGGAAAAAAAAACAUGCCGAUGUUCUGCAGGAGUCUUACAUACAUAUACUUUGACAUUUACAUUGUGUCUGUGAAUCAAGCUGUUGAUAUUCUGUUUGUAUGGAAUUUAUUUGUACAAUAAAGUUUUGUUAAGGGAA